UAAAUCAAUCCCCACUACACCUCACAUCUUCGGAUCAAAAUGGCAACUCAUCUUCCAUAUCCAUAAUAACAAAUUAAUCAUUUUAUUUUUUCAAUUCUUCCAUUUAAUCUUCAAUAGUGAAAGCUUAUAGUAAUAUUCUGUGUUUUUCAUCUUUGCAUAAUGGUGUUUUACUUUACCUGAUGAGUGAGGAUUGAAGUCAUCUGCAAGUUCUCUGUCUUCUAGCUAUCAUCUUGCCGUAUUGGUUUUUAUUUCUGUGAAUAUUUUUAAAUGAAAUUGGCGAGUUUGGUCAAGUUUGAGAUGUUGGAUUUUGGCUACAAUUGGGGGUUUUAUCCAUGCUUAAUUCGAUUAAGACGUUGAGUUUGGCCAAAUAAGUUAGCAUUUAGAUUUUGCAUAUGUUUAACACAAAUUGUAAAGACUGUAGUGCAGUGUUUUUUCAGCCAGUUUCCUACGACGCCGUCUCGACGGCUCAAAACAAGAAUUCUUAACUAAAAAUUUUUAUUAUUAGACUAUUAAAUCCAAAUAUAAGACUAUGUCUUACGAUGAAAUUGUCUCGUACGAAAAUUUGGAUUCUGUUUAUUGCUGGUUUGCUACAUUAAUGAAGUUUAAAGUUUCUGCAUAAUUUGGUUGAGAAUUAUGAGGUUGAUUUAUUUUGGAUGCUUUAAUACGUCUUUAGGUAAUUUGGAUUUUUUGCACUUUAUGUCAAUUUUCACCAAGUAACACAGAUAGAUAUACAAUAGUUUCUAGCAUUGUAAAUUAAACUUGAUUAGGAAUUUGACAAUGGUUGGAUCGUUUUGAGAGUUUUAGUUUAAUUAAUAAAAGAAUCAAAAGCUUUAUAAUCAUUAAGCUAGUUUCAAGCAUUGUAAAUUAAAUUUUAUUCGUUUACGUAAUGGUCUAUAUCUUUGUUUCUAAGGGUCGUUCAUGUUAUGAAUUUUUGCUUUGGGCAUCGAAAAUCUCUGAGACGGCCUCGAAAAUAAAACUCAUAUCUUUAUCAAUUGGUUUUCUAUUGUUUUUGGUUGGUUGUUAAUUUUUAAUUUUUUAGUGGUUAAACAGUAAAAAUUGUUUAAUAAAUGAGUUUUAUUUAGCUGAAAAGCUAUUUAUAGUAACUUUUUCAUUGACUUUUGACUUGACAUAUUUUAUCUCUAAUAAAAAGCCAAUAAAUAAUUUUUAUCAAACAUCUCCUCCAUCAUCACGAUAACAACUAGUUUAAACAGCCAACUUAUCAGUCAAUACAUUCGUUGGUUGAAAAACUAUUUCGGUUAACAGCUCUAGCUAAUAGCAAUUUACUAAAAAUCGACUAUUAUGAAGAUGUUUGGUAAAAAUUAAAAAAAAAAAAGCCAACGAAUGUCCAACUGUAAUGUGAAUAUCCCAGUAUGGGCUUCAUAAAGUCAUUAACUAACAUAUCCCUACCCCCAAGCCCCAGCUGAUGUUUGCAACCAAUUGACUUAGCUCAACCAAGAGACAAUUAUAUUGGUCAAAUAUUGUUUGCAUUGUAUAUUUUAUACAACUACAACUUAUUGCAGACUAAUUCCUGAUUUUCUUUAAUUAUUGAACUCCUUUCUUGCUUGUUUAUGCAUCUUUCCCUUUGUUUUCUAUGGAUUCCUUCUUAAUUAUCCCUGCCACAUUAAUUUUCUUUUCUGUGAUCACCCCCAUUUCUGGCUCUUACCAAUACCAUAUUACCCCAAACUAUAACAUUUCGUACUUACAAUUCGUUGACGAUCAUGGUGCUUUCCUAUAUUCUCAAAACAGAACUUUCAUGGCAGCUAUUUGUAAUCCAGGAAAGCAACAAAUCAAAUUCUACUUGUGUGUCAUACAUGUUCCAUCCACCACUAUUAUUUGGUUGGCUAAUCGUGAUGCUCCUAUGUCAAUAUCAGGUAAGCUUCUGCUUUCUUCUGAUGGUAUUACAAUCUCUGAUGAAAAUAGUAAUAAGAAAUGGUCAACCCCAUCAUUGCAUUCAUCUGUCUCAGCCCUGAUUCUUACUGAAUUCGGUAAUCUUGUGUUGCUUGAUCAUAAUAACGUUUCUCUGUGGGAGAGUUUUCGGUUUCCUACUGAUACUGUGGUGGUAGGUCAAUUGUUACCAGUUGAGGGUUCGUUAACCAGUUCUGUGUCAGAUAAUGACCUGUCGAGGGGCAAUUAUAGUCUCUCUGUUACAUCCUCGGAUGUCAUACUUCAAUGGUCUGGAUCAACAUAUUGGAAGCUAUCUAUGGAUCCUAAUGCACAGCGGAAUUCAAAUUAUGUGGUUGAAUAUCUAAAGAUUGAUGCUAGUGGUAUUACGCUUUUUGCUCGUGAUGGGUUAGUUGUUGUUCUUCAAGUCAAAUUGUUGCCAUCUGAUUUCCGGUUUGCUAAAUUGUAUCCAAGUGGGCAUUUCAAAGUCAUUAGCUACUCGGGUAGAGAUCAGACUGAAGAUUUUGUAUGGCCUCGUGACAGUUGUGAUGUUCCAUAUGUCUGUGGCGGAAUUAAGGUAUGCAGUAUGGAGGGAACAUCUAAUGGCCCUGUUUGUUCAUGCCCUUCUGGGUUUAACUCUGAUCAUCAAACAAAUGGGUGUGUUCUGCGUGACGCCUCUUUGUCGUUACCUUUUGCUUGUAAUUCUUCCGAUGAUCAAAGUUUGAAAAGUUCUCGCAACAUCUCAUACUUGGGUUUGGGGGUUGGCGUAGGUUCUUUUCUUACCAAAUUUUCAGAUCCUGUUAAAUACGGAAUAGAGUUGUCCAUGUGUAAAAACCUCUGCUCAAAAGACUGUUCGUGCUUGGGAUUGUUUUACAAGAACUCAUCAGGUCUUUGUUUCUUGAAUCAACAUCAGUUGGGAUCAUUUAUGUCGAAUGUAGCUGUUGGAAGUGAUUUUUUGGGUUACAUCAAAAUGUUUGAUGCAGUGUCUGCAACCGAUGAUACUAAUGAUACUUCUAGAAGUCGAAGACAGGUAAUUACGUUGGUAGCUUUGAUCAUCUUUCCGUCGUCUUUGCUCCUAGUGAUUGCUGGAUUAGGUUUUCAAAGGUGGAGAAAAUGGAAGAGGUCCAUAGUUGGACCUGAAAAGUCAGGCCACCUAAGCUCUUCGGGAGAAUCAGAGGCCUUCUCGAUACCUGGGUUACCUGUGAGGUAUGAUUACGAGGAUUUAAGGGUAGCAACCGGUAAUUUCAGCAGCCUGAUUGGUUCUGGAGGAUUUGGGGCGGUCUAUAAAGGGACCUUACUGGAUGGAACUGUUGUGGCUGUCAAGAAAAUAACCAAUCUCGGUGUUCAAGGAAAAACGGAAUUCUGCACAGAGAUAGCAGUCAUUGGAAAUAUUCACCAUAUGAACUUAGUAAAGCUUAAAGGCUUUUGUGCUCAAGGAAGUCAGCGUUUAUUGGUUUACGAGUACAUGAACCAUGGAUCUUUGGACCGAAUUCUGUUUGGUAACGGUCCUGUCCUGGAAUGGCAAGAGAGAUUCAAUAUUGCUCUUGGAACAGCACGCGCCCUUGCUUAUUUGCAUAGCUGUUGUGAACAUAAGAUCAUUCAUUGUGACGUGAAGCCAGAAAACAUUCUUUUGCAUGAUUUUUUCCAACCAAAGAUUUCUGAUUUCGGGCUGUCAAAAUUGUUGAGCCCUGAACAAUCCAGUCAUUUCACGACAAUGAGAGGCACUCGUGGGUAUCUUGCACCAGAAUGGCUUACUAGCUCUGCAAUCUCAGAAAAAACAGAUGUUUAUAGCUAUGGGAUGGUACUGCUGGAACUCGUUAGUGGAAGGAAAAACUGCUCGCCACAGCGAGUGCAACAAAGCCAUAGCCUAGAUGGUGGAAAUAAUACGGGUAAUAGUUCAUCAGCUUCAUGCAGAUCAGGAAGUCUUUAUUUUCCGAUGUAUGCGCUGGAUAUGCAUGAACAGGGCAGGUACUUGGAGCUUGCUGACCCAAGACUCGAGGGUCGUGUAACAAGUGAAGAGGUCCAAAAGUUGGUUUGUAUUGCUUUAUGCUGCGUUCAUGAAGAAUCGUCAUUUAGACCAACCAUGGUGAGUGUAGUUGGAAUGCUUGAAGGGAGGAUUGAAUUUGAUCAUCCUCGAUUAGAAUCUUUGAAUUUCUUACGAUUUUAUGGACGCCGCUUUUCUGAACCUUCCAUCAUUGGAAAUGACGGACAGCAAAUGAGUUAUUAUCGAACUAAUGCCUCAGCUUCGAGCACAAGUGGAAGUGGUACAGUACAUAGUUAUAGUAAUCCCUCUUAUGUUUCGUCUCAGGAAGUUUCAGGUCCAAGAUAGAUUGUAUGGCUAAGCUAUCCUAGUUUUUGUAAUUAGUAGAGAUGUUUGCUAAGCUAUCUUGUAAUCCUUUAUGAAGGGUCAGUCGUCAGCGAGCAUGAUUUACUUUACCUCAUCUGUCUUUUUUUCGUUCUUGCUGAUGGUAAACUGUCAUAGGACAGCGACUGUGUCCUUGUUUAGUUCAUAGACAGGAUUUUCGAGAAGAGCAUAUGAAAAUUCCAAAAUCAAUGGAAAUUCAUAGUCAAAGUUAAGGAUGCCAAAAUGGGUGGUGGAUGUGGUAUGCCUUCUCCUAUAUCCAUAGUCCAUACCCACCUAAAAUUUUCAUAUCCAGCACGUACGCACUACCUAUGGCAGCUUUAGUCUCCGACUAAUGGACAGAAGACGAGGGAAGCAAUUGAACACAGAGAGCAAUAUGUAGCAAGUAUGUAUCAGAAUUUCAGCCACUUUAUGAUCUGAACACAUCCUUGUUUCUUCAACAAGGCAAACAUGGAAUAGAAUUAAUCCCUAAGGAAAAUAAGCCAUAAAAUCAGUCUAGUGAGUCAUGAAGCAUCGUAUAUUAUCAUCCAUUAUAUUGUUAUGUAAUCAGAUUGUACUUGUACGAACAAAGGAUCAUAUGUUGGAUCAAGGUAAAUAAUGCUAGAAAUUUAGUCACUGACAUAGUAUUAAAGUGUCUUUGGAGAUAAACUAGUGAAAGAUCAGGGACUGCAAAAGCAAGCUAAGCAACAAAAAGAUUUAUGCACAUACAAAAUCAGAAGCUUGCAAGGUCUUGCUCAUAGAAAUGCAGCAAAAUUCUACUGAAUGUGAAACAUCAAACAUCCCAUAUUUGAUUUGCAAGCACAUCAUUUAUGAGUAAUAACCUGAUAAAUAAAUGACCUGGAGUUGUACGAGACUGUCUCACCGUGAGACGAGCCAUACAAAAUGUCCGUUAUGCUAAAAAUUUCUAUUAUUGGGUUAUUUAAGCCAAGUAUUAGGCACGUCUCACGGUGAAAUCAUCUCAAGUUUCUUCUAUUUCAACCUGAAUUAUGUCAAUUAAAAUUUAUUAAACAAGUAAUAUAUUUUUAAUACAAGGUAACACUUUUUUGGUCAUAUAGUGAUGCAGUUGACAUGAAAGCACAAGGACAUUGCACAUCAAGAAUUAAGAUGAUCAGUAACUCAAAGCUGUAUUUCAUCAAACACCUUGAAGACAAGUCUAGACAUACUAACAUUUCAGUCUUAAAUCCAGCACUAAAUUGUGUAUGGUUAAAGUUUAAACGAAAUUAUAUAGAAAUAAAAAUUAAGCAGAAUUAUCCUAACAAAUUGGGCAAAUUUUGCAAAUAAAUGGAGAGCAAACCCUGACUUCUGAAAAUAUAGAAAAAUUAUGGAGAAAAUCAUAGUAAACAUCAGAUUUUACAUAAAAAACACUUGAGUAAUAAUAUUAAAACAUCAAAUCAGAAUGAAAUUGAAUAA